AUGUUCCGCACAACUCACGCUCCAACAACAACAACAACUCCCCAUAAGCUCCUCUGCCUCCUCAUACUAUCAUCUCUUUCCUUCUUCCUCGCCAACGCCCUCCCAAUCGACCUAUCCCCAUCGAAUUCCUCUUCGUCUUCGAGCCCCGAGUCACUGGGUAUCCGUACGCUCACACCCGAGAACGCGAAACAGGCAAAUUUUCUUCUAGGGUACACUUAUGAGAACACGGAGGUUGGCACAGACUACAACAUCGCCACCCAAUUUACCCCCGCGCACCAUUUCGAAGUUGGGGCCCUAGGAACCAUCGGGAAAUAUCUGAGUCCGAGACCUGCUCAGAUACAUGAAUUAAAACCUGGAGCUACGAUGGAGUACUUUCAAAAUCCCCAGUGUAUCGCAACGGCGAAGAAGGAAUUGUUGAUCAGAUAUAGACCAGUAUUCGUCGAUGCCAAAAGCCUCAAAAACCAACAAACCCUCGAAAAAUACCUCACCGAUCACAAAUUCACUUCCCGUUCCUCUAUCCUCAUCGCCCGCUCCCCGGAUACCUCCCGCAAGGGAGAACUGAUCAUGUUCCUCCCCGGAAACUACCUAUCGAGUACAGCAUACAACGCCACUCACCCACUCCCUGCUCUCAGCGACCUGGGUAUCUACGUGCAUUGCCGUCCUGUGCAAAUGAUGGCCCACCAGGCGUUUACAGCGAUCGCACCAUGGGAAGAGCUUCAGCCUUGGCUUUGGCCAAAGGGAUUGACUACUUCGAGUACGCUGAAGUACCCGACGGGGCACUAG